AGAUAACAAAUAUCGUAUGCUUUGCAUUAGGUGACUUAUAUUCCAAGCCACCCGAUUGGUGGCGGAUGCAGAACGACGUUCUGCCAGAAAAGGAACGAGAGUUAGAGACAAGUGUGGUAGAUGGGGCCUUGGUACAUCAUGCAAUUGCGUUGACGAUGGCGAAUAUUAUCCGUUCUUGCGCCAAAAGUAGUGACAGAGAGAUAAGGUUACUCACCCAGGACCCAGGCUACUGUGACAAGACGAAGGAUCUAAUAAAAGGUAUUGGGUUUGAAGUUAUAGGAGGAUAUGGGGCUGGAGGCUUUGCUGAGGUUGAUGACGAGACUGCCAUCUUCUCACCUUUCCCAAAGGCACCAGUCAAGCAGAUUAUUGCAGAUCUCGCGCGGCCACUUGUUUUUAUCGCCCUCAGGGGUGCUACUGUCUGGAACUCCCGCCGGAAUCCUUAUGCCGACCCGGACUCUCCACGGACGAAGCAGAUGUGGGAGAGUUAUGAAAGGUGGGAUUUUCCAGUUUCAUCUGAUAGUAAACAGCUGGGAGGUUCGCUGCAUCAGUUGUCGGGAUUUACUAGAAUCGGAGAAUAG